CACGCAUCGCGCAGCUUUCCGCGCCCCGGGGACCUCCUGCCCCGCUGAAUCAGACCUUCCCCUCCCACCACCUGCGCAAGGAGGCGGCCCGGGGAAGCCGCCUGGGUGCAUAUAAAGCGCCGCCGUCGGAGCGGGAAGCGCUGCUCGCUGCCGGGACCCCGCUGUCGCUCCCGCCGCGCCAUGGCCGCCAGCCGCCGCCUGCCGCUGCCCGCGCUGCUGCCGCUGCUGGCCUGGGCCGCGCUGGCCCAGCGCCCCCUCACAGAGAAGCAGCGCGCCUGCCUGCUGCCCCCCGACGACGGGCCCUGCCGCGCCCUGGUGCCGCGCUGGUACUACGAUCGGCACACGCAGAGCUGCCAGGAGUUCACCUACGGGGGCUGCUACGGAAACGCCAACAACUUCCUCACCUUCGACGACUGCGAGAAGAGCUGCUGGACCAUCAAGAAAGUACCCAAGAUAUGCCGGAUGGAGGCUGAUGGAGGACCUUGCAGGAGUUAUCUAAGAAGAUAYGCCUUCAAUUUGAGCUCUAUGAGGUGUGAGGAAUUCAUCUAUGGUGGCUGUUACGGAAAUGCCAACAACUUCAGAGAUUUGCAGUCUUGUGUGGACCACUGUCUUCCUGAAAAAACUGGUCCCUUGCUGUGCUAUAGCCCCAAGGAUGAAGGACUGUGUUCCUCCUCUGUGCCUCGCUAUUACUAUGACACCAAGACUAAGUCAUGUAAGGAGUUCAGAUACACUGGCUGUGGUGGAAAUGCCAAYAACUUCGUUACUGAAAGGGAUUGCUACAAUGUCUGUAGGAAAGGAAAUCAGAAACCGAGGAUCAACAAGCCAACAAACGUAUUCCGCAGAAAGCUGGUUAAAAAACCUCAGACUUAUAACCCGAAGUCUUAAAGCUGAUGUGCACUUGGAUGUUUGAAACACUUUUUGUUCGUUCCACUUCCUUUUUUGUAAGAUAUUUUUCACAAAGUUUUAUACUGACAUAGUUCUGUCUUUCAGAACUAMUUUUUAUGUAAUUUACUUUUUUUACAAUGAACUGCAUUUAAUAGAAGAAUGAACCUAAAUUUGGUUCUUCUGCUCUGUUGUCUUUACAAUAAUAUUGUGGCAAAGACAAAUGUUUAGAUUUCCAUGUUUUUUUAAUGGGGGGAAAUUUACUGCUGCCUUGGGCGAAUAUUUCAGCUGUUGCAAACCAAUUAAAAUUUGAAAAAUCAAUUGUCUGUUGAUAUAAGUAAGGAGAGUACAACACUGAAAAUAUACCAUGGAUUUUUAAUUUUUUACUGCAUCCUCCGUUUACUAAAGAAAAGGAACUUUUCACAAGUAUGUUCUUAUGUUUAUUGCCCUGCCAUUUACAUACUUUGGCCCUAUCAGUUAAAUAGAUUUUUUUUUUAAUGGUCAUAAUCAAAGCUUUCAGAAGCUUUCAUAAAAGUAAAAGAGGCAUAAAUUUAAAUGUUCCRUUCAUCUCACAGGGGAAAAUUUGGAAUAGGGAUGCCUUGAUAAACAUUCUGACAAAGGCCAYGAAUAAGCUAGUUGAGUAUUAAAGCAAAAAUGUAGCCAUUGAUUUUUCAUAACAUUUGAAAUUUUUGCUGUUACUCCAAAUCCUCAUAUGGCAUUAAUMAGCAUGGUUUUACUGAUUUUAAUGGAGCUAUGCUGAUAACAUCUGCAAAGGAUCUUGAUAUUUGUGGUAAUGCAGUGGCUGUUGAAGCAGAACAACAGAAGUUUCUGCAAUUUUUUCUGCAAAAGAGUAAUGCCUCUUUUGAGGCACUUUUAUAUUUCGUAUGGGAGGUUAUGCCUAUGGUGAUACUUUUGCACAUUAUUUUAUGUUUUGUAUUUCAAUUAUGUCUGAAUUUCAAUUAAUUUCACCUACAAUAUUUUCUAAAUAGAAAUUCCUAAGUCGUGUUAAUAAAAUAUUUUUUGUGGAAAAAAGAGUGGACGC